AUGGCUGUGUGGCCUUUGAAUGGUAUUAUGCUUCUGCAGCUUUUGAUCAUCCUUUUCUUUGCAUACUUCCAACAAGCCCAAGUUCUUUACUUUCCUGCAGCAAAGCUGCCCACAUUGCGGACCAUUUAUAAUCGGAACAUAUUUGGCCACGAUCAAACAAUCCUAUCCAACGAGAAACCACAUGCUAAGUAUGGGAUUGGAUUUGCUUGUGGGUUUUACUCCCCAAACGAGAGGAACGAUUACUUCUACUUGGCUGCUGGAUUAGCUGAAGCAUUAAUAGAUUUUGAAUCUGGCAAACAAGUUUGGUCUUUCAACAACGUAACAUGGUUAGUAAACAAAAGUAGAGCCGUUGGUGAGAAUGCUACGUUAAGGUUACUUGCAGAUGGAAAUUUGGUCCUCAGAGAUGCAGAUGGUGCUUUUGUUUGGUCUACAGGAACAUCUAACAAGUCUGUGGUGGGUAUGAAGUUGAUGGAAACUGGAAACCUUGUACUUCAAGAUAGCAAAAUUAAGACUGUUUGGCGAUCUUUUGAUCAUCCAACAGACACACUGCUCCCAGGGCAGAAACUGGUGCCAGGGCAGAAGCUGGUGCCUAGUGUUUCAGAAACCAAUGUGUCUGAGGGAGAUUUAUAUUUUUAUUUAACAUCUAUAGGUCUGUUUGCUUCUUACCAAUCAGAUGAAUUAAAUUACUUCAGUUAUUUUUUCUGGGAGGACAAUUUUGAUAUUGACUCGGUCGAAAGCAUUCAUCUAAAUGAUAACGGUUCUUUUGCUGUGAAUGCAACAACUUACUACGGCUAUUUUAUCAGUUCACUAUUUGCAGAAUUUUCUAAUUAUAAAAGUACACUGGUCAAAUUUGAUUCCUAUGGGCAUCUCAGACUUUAUGAUGAUAAUUCCAAGUCGUUUGAUCUAUGCAAAGAGAUUAAUCCAACCACAUGUGAAAAUCCCUUAUCCCUCACACUUCAUGCCUACGAAAAUGUCUAUUAUUUCAAUAGUAAGGCUGGAAUAGCGAAUGAAACAGACAUGGAGAACUGUAAACAGACGUGCUUGAAAACCUGUUCAUGCAAAUUUGCUCUGUUUCGGUACAGGGAAAAUUUUUCAUAUGAGGAAUGUCUCUUGCCUUCACCAGUUCUUUCACUUACAUAUGAAAGUAAAAACGAAGGCUAUCUUAAGUCAUUUGCCUUUAUCAAAAUUUCAAACGAUAGUGGGAGUGAAAGAGGUUCCGAUACAAAUUCAAAUCCUGGAGACCAUGGAAGAGGUGGUACUGCAGUUUUGACUACCGAAGAACAUGGAAAAGGAUCUCCUACAACAAAAAUUAUUGCAGGAUUAACUACAGUAACCUUUCUUCUGGUGGGUCUGAUUGUUGGCUUUUCUUGGAUAGUGUUUUUUAGGAGGAAAACUGAUGGAGAGGAUGGAAUGGAAGAUUACUUAGACCAACUAUCAGGAAUGCCCACGAGGCUCACUUACGAAGAACUAAAAGCAGCAACUGGAGAUUUCCAGAAAAAGCAUGGAGGAGGGGGGUUUGGGUCAGUUUUUGAAGGAGACAUGGUCACAGGUGAGAAAAUUGCUGUGAAGCGCCUAGACUAUUUAGGCCAAGGGAAGAAGGAAUUCAUGGCAGAGGUGAAGACCAUAGGAAGCAUCCACCAUAACAACCUGGUGAGGCUAAUUGGCUUCUGUGCUGAAAAAUUGCAUAGGCUCUUGGUGUACGAGUUCAUAUGUAAUGGGUCAUUGGACAAAUUGAUUUUUCAUAAAGAGGCCCUGAGACCUCCUCUAGAUUGGCAAACAAGGACGACCAUUGUUCUAGACAAAGCAAAGGGGCUGGCCUAUCUCCAUGAAGAUUGCAAACAGAGAAUAGUUCAUUUGGAUAUCAAACCUCAAAACAAACUAUUGGAUGCUGGCCUUCAUUCAAAGAUAUCCGACUUUAGCUUGUCUAAGUUGAUUGAUAGGGAUCAAAGGCAAGUAGUGACCACAAUGAGAGGAACUCUUGGGUAUUUGGCUCCUGUAUGGUUCAGCUCAGCAAUCAUAGAGAAGGCAGAUGUUUAUAACUUUGGCAUUGUAGUCAUGGAAGUAAUCUGUGGAAGGAAAAAUUUAGAUAGAUUGCAGCCUGAGGAAUUCAUGCAUUUGCUUCCAAUUUUCAUGAAAAAAGCUGAGAAGGAUCAAUUGGUGGAUAUGGUUGAUGGAAGUGAGGAUAUGCAUGAUGAUUUUGGAGGAGAUGAGAAGGAUGGGGAAGAGAGAGCAAGGGGUAGAGAUGAUGCUAGGGACAGAAGGCAAGAAGUGAGAAAUAUAAGGGAACCAAGAGUGGAGAACCUUGAGGGUGAAGUGCAUGUUGAGGAAGAUUUUAGGGAAGAGAUAAAAGAAGAAUUUGAGGUUGGGAACUACAACUAUCGUGGUAGGGGUUAUAGACCACCUAGGAGCAGGGGAGCUAGAGGUAGAAGAGGAGGUAGGUUGCCUAGAUUUGGGGAGUAUAGAUAUGGUGAUUAUGGAUAUGGAGGCCUAGAAGAGAGGGUAGACACUAAUGUGGGUAGUAUUAAGAUGAAAAUUCCUCCCUUUCAUGGGAAGGAGAAUCCGGAUGCUUACAUGGAAUGGGAAAGGCAAGUUGAGCUAAUUUUUGAGUGUCAUAACUAUAGUGAAGAAAAGAAGGUGAAGCUUGCAGUCGUAGAGUUUAAGGAGUAUGCUAUAGUGUGGUGGGACCAGUUGAUGGUUAGGAGGACUUUAUGUCUUAGACCCAUUGCUUCUUGGAAGGCUAUGAAAGAAGCAAUGAGGGAGAGAUUUGUUCCCAACACUACUUUAGGGAACUCCACCAAAUGUUACAAAGGAUGA